ACCACUUGCAGUGCUGUCAUAUGCGGCCAUUGAAUAUAUUCUUUGAUUGCUUCUCACACAAACUUUCACUACGAUACAAGGAAAAAGAUUAAGGUAAAAAAAUUAAAAGAGCUGUAGAAUUACGGCCCCUCGGAAGUCGGGCAUAAGUGGCCAAAUUGCAGCCUGACAGAAGGACGGGAAGUCCUAAAUCGCUGACCGGAUUCUACUGCUCCUUUCAAUGCUUAGCCAUUAAUUAUACUCGUAUUUCUUCUCGCACAAUUAAAAUACAUUCCAUUUCCGCGUUUUCUGCCCUUUCAGAUGCCCUGAAAUGUCAAAGAGAGGGAGGGAAACGAGUAGGAAAUUUCUAGGUUAUUAUUAGUUUCCUAGUGGGUUUGAACUUUCUGAAUAGCUAUAUAAAUUCCCAAAGGAAGAAGAAAACCCAGAUCAGAAAUCAAUUGCUAUAAUCUCUUGUGCUCAGAAAUCAAUUGCUGUAAUCUUUUCCUGCUCAGAAACCAGGUUUCAGAAUGGCAUUUAUUUGGGUUGCCCUGUUUCUGGUCUUAUCAGUGGCCAAAGUAAGCUCAGAUCCUUCUCCAUUGCAGGAUUUCUGUGUGGCUGAUCUCAGUACUUCUGCCAAGGUUCAUGUUAAUGGGUUGCCUUGUAUUAACCCCAGUAAAGUCUCUGCAAAGCACUUUACUACAUCUGUUCUGAGCACGCCUGGAGAUACAUCAGGCAACCCAUAUGGAGCAAGUGUGAAAACCACAACUGCAAAUUAUCUUCCUGGGAUAAACACUCUGGGAGUGAUUAUGACUCGUGUAGAUCUGGCUGUAGGAGGAGGGAUUCCUCCCCAUUAUCAUCCCAGAGCCUCUGAGAUAAUCUACCUCUUGGAAGGUACUCUCAUGGCUGCCAUCAUCGACACCGGCAACAAGCUUUACUCUACAGAGAUCAAAACAGGGGAUGUUUUUGUGUUCCCCAAGGCCAUCAUGCACUACGUUCAGAACAUUGGGAACACAACCGCCACUGUAAUUGCAGCUUUCAACAGCCAAUCUCCAGGUAACGCUGUAAUUCCUUUUGCCCUCUUUACCUCUACUCCGACCAUUCCCAACCAGGUCCUGGCCAAGACCCUCCAGAUUAGUGACACAGAGGUGGUUAAGAUCAAGAAGAACUUCGGUACCAGCUGAGCAAUCAAUUGAUUUGUAUAAUUGUUUAAGCAUGCCUCAAAUUUUAUUUCCAUUUCUCUGCUUGUAUACCCACAUCUUGUAAACAAAUAAAAUGGCAUCUCAAUUUGGUUUCAA